UCAACACAAUUGUGACGUCACAAUGCAUCGAAAAUAAUUCUACAAAAAAUAUCAACAAAAUUAGAUUUGUUAUUGUCAAAACCAUACGUUUAUGAUUUGCUAUUGAAAAUUCAAUGAAUAUCCGUACUGGACAGACAAGGUCAGAGAAGAUAUCUUUCUUCGUGUACCUUUUGAACCUGCUUACAUGCGCCAUUUUAUGGAGCAUCUUGCUGGCUUGGGAAAUUAUUAGCCAGCUGAUUGAAUAUGAUGUAAUUGGUCGAGAUGAAUUUGAUGGAAUAUUCAAACGUUCCGAUGUCACUUUGAACAUAUCGUCUAUUCGCUUGAACGUCGGCGAUGCUUCGUCGAUCUUUCUUGUUGUUUAUUCCAUUGUGCAAGAGACCAUUUUGGUCAUCGGAAUCUGUGGGGCAAUACGAGUUCAUAGACAGCGAAUCCUACUCGAUGGUUCUCCAGAUACACUGGCGGAACCGAAAACGUCAGUAUACUUUGUCAUUUUUCUGAGAAUUUCCAUUGUGAUCUGUCUUGUUUUGGGUGGAAUGACACUGUCUGUUAACGGUCCACUGGCAAGUCACAUGUCAUCCGCGAUGUCUUCUGUAAUCACUGGAAGCACAGAAUCAACAAGUAUUUAUCCCAUGGACAUAUACCAGAGUAUGUUUCAAUGCUGUGGCGCCAAUUCUCCAAAAGAUUGGAUUGAAGUAGAUGAGGAUAAUGGAAUCAUCUACAACAGAACACCACAGUCGUGCUGUAUAAACUCUUCAGAUUGCUCAAAAUCUCCAAUACACGUUUUUGAUGAUAUUCCUUCUACUGCUGCUCCUAUAUCUACUGCAAAUCCUGGUGUGUACACUUCGGUCCCAAUCUCAUUUGAAAACGAUUACACGUUUGAUAUAAUUCAAACUCAAAUUUAUGACAGAGGAUGUGAUAGCGUAAUUCAGUCAUUUCUAAUCAUCCACAGUAUAUUGCUUCUCGCAUCAGCCACCAUACUGAUUUUGCUACAUGCAUCUUGGUUUAUUUGGCGUCGCAACGCUGGAUUUCCGUACAUGUGUUGUGAAUCAUUCAGUGGAAGAAAUCGAGUCCAACCUAUUAAUCUCAAUGUUAACGAUGGUUCGACGAGUUCGAAUGAAAGCUUAGUUUUCUUGGAAAAUAAGCUUAUAAAGAACAUCAGCAGCAGUGAAAGCGUACAACUUUUUAAUGUCCCAGAGAGUCUCGAGAACAGUCACAUAAUUUUUAAAAAGCCUGCACCACUGCCACUGACUCGAGUAGCACAAGAUAUGACAUUUCCUCCCAUAGACCCUCCCCUUUCUUCGUUCACUAAUGAGAAUGAAAAGAAAUACAGGCCACGCAAAUCAAGAGGAAGGCCCAAAACAGGCAUCAGUCGAUCUACAGGAAGCUUGUCACUUAGAAACCUAACGAACGAUGUUGCAAAGAUUCUUGGAGGGACUAUGUCAGGACAUCGACCGCCAACACCUGCUGAAAUGCCUUCCCAGACUAUGAUAGUUCAUGGCGAUAUUGACAUUGAAGCGCCCGUCACAUUAGAACCUGCUUUGCUGCAUUUCUCAGGACCCUCCUCCAGCAAAGAUAAAUGGGCAACCGCCGUCAAUCUUGAAGUUCCCAACACCAAGCGACAAAAUGAAGACGACAAACUCUCGAUUUAUAGCUGUGAGAGCCUUGAGGGGUGGUAAUUAAUUACCAUGCCUCGAUGCCUUGAAGGCCUCUGAGCCAGUGUACCAACAUGCGAUCCCCCCCCGGUCGUGAA